CGUGUUCCACACUUCACCGCGGGGGACGGAGGUGUGUGCGUGCGUGUGUUAUGAUUUACCCACAAGCAAGUCCCUCAUAGGCUGUCAGUGAAGCGGGGCAGUGACACUUGGUGGGACACUUGGGCCACAAGAGGUCGACCCAGGAUUCUGCUCUUCACCUGACUGCGUCGCUCUCUCUCUGCAUCUGGAAGCCCUCGCAGGACGAUGGAUACCGAGGACGUGCUGAGCUGCAGCCCUCCGCACCACGAGCCGGUUGCCCCGAGCAGCGGCUCUCAGCCGUCCCAGGCGGGGCCUGACCUCGUCCCACCACCACAGAAGGAGGUCCUCUCCAGGCCUCCGGCCCCCAACGGGGGGGUGGUCAGCAUAGAGCCCCCCGGGGCCCAGAUGGCAGCGCCCCAGAGUCCUGCUGCUGGGACCCUGGCUGUGGAGAACGCUAUCAGCCACACGGCCCGGGCCUCGACGCUCUCAGAGGAGACACCAGAGGAGACACCAGAGGAGACACCAGAGGAGACAGCUGAGGAGACACCAGAGGAGACACCAGAGGAGACACCAGAGGAGACAGCUGAGGAGACACCAGAGGAGACACCAGAGGAGACAGCUGAGGAGACACCAGAGGAGACACCAGAGGAGACACCAGGGCCGACCUGUCAGACCACACCUCCGAAGCCGCCCAGAUGUCCUGAGGAAAUAUCUGGAGCUCCUUCUGAAGAGCUCCCCGCUAUGCCGCUGACCCCGGCCGCGGCACCCCCGCUGACCCCGGCCGAACGGCUCUGGACGGCGACCCGGGACCAGGCGGUGAAGCUGCGGAUGGAGGGCUCCGGCCCGGGCUCCGAGACUCCCCUCACCGUCCACCAGAUGUUCCUGGAGACGGUGCAGAACUUCGGGGACCACCCCGCCAUGGCCUCCAAGGAGGACAGCCGCUGGGUGACAGUCAGCUGGCGGGAGUACUACCGCCAGAGCCGGGCAGCCGCCAAGAGCUUCCUCAAGCUGGGCCUGGAGCGUUACCACGGCGUCGGCAUCCUGGGCUUCAACUCCCCUGAGUGGUUCAUCGCUGACGUGGGUUGCAUCCUGGCCGGCGGACUGGCGGCUGGUAUUUACACAACCAACUCUCCGGAGGCCUGCCAGUACGUAGCGGAGAACUGUGAGGCCAACGUCCUGGUGGUGGAGAACCACAAGCAGCUCGUCAAGAUCCUGCAGGUGAAAGAUCAACUUCCUCACCUCAAGGCCAUCGUCCAGUACAAAGACGAGCUGCAGGAGCGUCUGCCCAACCUCUACACGUGGGCGGAGUUCAUGAAGCUGGGGGAGGAGGUGUCUGACGAGACUCUGGAUGCUGUGAUUGGUACCCUGAGAGCCAAUGAGUGCUGCACCCUCAUCUACACCUCGGGUACAACGGGGAACCCAAAGGGAGUCAUGCUGAGCCACGAUAAUCUGACCUGGACGGCGGCGGCGGCCGGUGUGAUGACGGAGCUGGUGUACGGCGAGGAGGUGGUGGUCAGCUACCUGCCGCUCAGCCACGUCGCCGCGCAGGUCAACGACCUCUGGAUCUCCGUCAAGUUCGCCGGCACCACCUACUUCGCCUCCCCCGACGCCCUGAAGGGCUCGCUGGGGGCCACCCUGAAGGAGGCGCGGCCCACGGCCUUCCUGGGGGUCCCACGCGUCUGGGAGAAGAUGCAGGAGAAGAUGAAGGCGGCCGGGGCCAAGGCGUCCCCGCUGAAGAUGAGGGUGGCGGGCUGGGCCAAGGGCCUGGGCCUGCAGUACAACUACAGCGUCAUGAACAAGGAGCCGGCGGUGCCGUGGGGCUUCAUGCUGGCCAACAACCUGGUGUUCAAGAAGGUGCGUCAGGCGCUGGGUCUGGACCGCUGCAAGGCGUGCUUCACGGGCGCCGCCCCCAUGACCCGGGAGACGCUCGAGUAUUUCAUGAGCCUCAACCUGCCGCUGCUGGAGCUGUACGGCAUGAGCGAGAGCUCCGGGCCCCACACGGUGUCGUUGCCCGAGGACAACGCCAUCAUGAGCUGUGGGAAGGUUCUGAGGGGCUGCCGGACCAAGCUGGACCGGCCGGACGAGGACGGCAACGGGGAGGUGUGCUUCUGGGGCCGGCACGUCUUCAUGGGCUACCUGAACAUGGCCGAUAAGACGGAGGAGGCCCUGGACCAGGACGGCUGGCUGCACUCCGGGGACCUGGGCAAACACGACAGCAACAACUUCCUGUUCAUCACGGGGAGGAUCAAAGAGCUGAUCAUCACGGCGGGGGGGGAGAACAUCCCUCCGGUGCCCAUCGAGGACGCGGUGAAGGCGGAGGCGUCCAUCGUCAGCAACGCCAUGCUGCUGGGGGACAAGCUCAAGUUCCUCUCCAUGUUCCUCACGCUCAAGUGUGAGGCGGACGAGAACGGCGAGCCCACGGACGACCUGAGCCCGGAGGCCUUGGCCUACUGCCAGCGCCUCGGCGUCACGGCAACCAAGAUCUCCGAGAUCGUAGCCAAUAAGGAGCCGGCGGUCUACGCGGCCAUCCAGGAGGCCAUGGAGCGCAUCAACGCCAGAUCCACCUCCAACGCCAUGAAGGUUCAGAAGUGGCUCAUCUUGGACCGAGACUUCUCCAUCACCGGGGGGGAGCUGGGCCCCACGUUGAAGCUCAAGAGGCCCGUGGUGACCAAGAAGUACCAGGAGAAGAUUAACGAGCUGUACUCCCUAGUCCCAGAGGCCCAGGGCUGAGGGGUCCAGGCUGGGGGGCCCUUGUACCUGAGGCCCAGGCCCGAGAGGCCGGCCUGGAGGAAACACACAUUGAUUUAUACACUUCCAUUGGUUUGGACACCCUGACGACUCCUAAACUGCUUGGAUUUCCACCUGAGGAUCGAGUGAUCUCACGCUAAAGAGAGUGAAAAUUUAAAGUUUGUAAGAAUUUAAGCCCCCGAGAAUCUACUGGGACAAGUUGUAUUUUCCCAGGAUAUCUGGGCCCUAUUUUUUGCACUUGAUUUUAAUGUGCUUAUUUUACCAGGAAGUGGAGAGCAUCUUUCCCUUGGGUCUCAGAACAAUAUUUAAGAUGGUCGUUGUACAUAGGAGUUCACACUACAAAUUGCACUUUUUGUAAAUAUGAGCCGACUGAUCCAGAGCCAAAUGAAGGAGACGAGUCCAUUAACUCAAAUGGGAACCGGGGUUUAGAGGUUCCACCAGCCUCGGGCCUGGGGGUUAGAUGUUCUCCCCGGCCCUGGGGGUUAGAUGUUCUCCCUGGCCUGGGGGUUAGAUGUUCUCCCUGGCCUGGGGGUUAGAUGUUCUCCACGGCCUGGGGGUUAGAUGUUCCACCAGGCCUGGGGGUGAGAUGUUCUACCAGGCUCGGUGCCUGAUGAUGGCAGAUGCAAACUGAAGCUGAACUAACGCAUGAAUUACUCAAUAAAAUAAAGAAUGUUGUUUAUCUAAA